UUCCUUUGAAUCAAGGGGUGGAGACAGAAGUUUACAACUUGAUCUGCAGAAGUUUAGAGAAGCAAACUUGUUACACAAGUUAAAAUGAGUGAAACCAAUCAGCAACGGGAUGAGUUGCCUGCAUACUUGAAGGAUGAUCCUCCAACAGAUACCAACAAAGACCAUCCUCAACCCCAGCCUGGCAUGUUCUCCAGGGUGGCCGGUGGUCUGUUCAGUGUCACGAAGGGAGCCGUUGGGGCCACAGUGGGUGGAGUCGCCUGGGUUGGAGGGAAAAGCCUUGAUCUCACGAAAACUGCUGUUACCUCAGUUGCAGCUGUUCCAGCGAUGGGAGUGGGGCUCGUGAAGAGCAGUGUGUCUGCCGUGGCUGGUGGCGUGACCGCUGUCGGCUCCGCCGUCGCCAGUAAAGUUCCCAUUGGUGGAAGCAAGAAGAAGGACAAGUCUGAUUGAAUCACGUGCCUCGAAGGUACUUUUGUCAGAGUCUGCAUCAUGUCUUCUUAGACUCCAGAGCGAGUUGAUUGUGGAGAUCAUGCUUGUGUUAAGAGCAUAUUUGGACCUUAUCCGUCUGCCUGACCAGACCAACAAGACGACAUUCACAAGCUGGGUGGCCUUCAUCUGCUCCACGCAAGAACCUUUGUUUUUGUGUUCUAUUGGAAUAUGACAUUAAGUCAAAUUGUUUAUGUAUGAAGUAUUAAAUAUCUGACUAGAGUUGGAUACACGGACCUCUAAAUGUUCCGUUUAUGCUUCACUGAGCACACAAAGACACACACUUGUGCCUGACUGUACACACAAAGAAUCACAUGUUUUAAACACACCUUACAGUUGAGCCAGUUGUAGGGGUGAAGAUCAAUCAGGUGUCCCUUUAGGUGCUGUGGGGGGAAAUCUCAGACUGUGCGGUGCUGAUGGUGGUGCUCCAUCCAUCUGAUUGAUUGUUUGUGAGAUUACUUACUUUGUGCCUCUGGGGUCCAUGCUGAACUCCAGCGAUCGCUCUCUGUGUCCCCCUGAAAAACAAAGAAACCACAAGCCCACAAACACACGCGUGCACACACACACACACACACACACACACACACACACCCACUCACACAUUAAGGGCUGGUGUGUUUAGAUUUUGCCAAACAACUCCAAAAUUACAAUUGUGAGCCAUAAAUGUGAAUGCUGAUAGUACCGCGGUUGUUUUUUUGUUUGUUUUAGGGAAACGUGCAUGACAAUCUCCAUCAAAACAAGUCUUUUUGUUUUGAUGACUGUAGCUGUAUUCCAAUAUCCAGUUACAUUUUCUUUUUUCUUUUCUGCAAGUCAUUCUAUCUGUCCUUUUGCUUCUUUGUUCCGUUUGCUCUUUUAAAUCUUUAAUGUGAAUUGUUUUGUUUUAUGGGCCAACAAAGAACCACUUAAGGUGGCAAAGUAUAAUACAGUAUUUUCUUCUGUCAAAUAUUUGUUUCCUUUACCAAAGAUUAAGUUUGGAAAAAGAGUUCAGUGUAUUUGAGGAUUGUUUUUUUUUUUUGUUAAUGUUGAUAUGCAGUAUACUUUAUGGUAUUCAGUGUACUCUCUCUUUUUAGAUAGAUAGUUAUCAAAUAUAUAUAUUAAUGUGUUAUUUUUUGAUUUGAGACCAUCCACAUUUCAAUGCAUUAAUGUGAAUUCAAAGGACCUAAAUAAAGAGACAUCACAGUU